CCAUGAGAAUUGUGGUGCAAUGAAACUCUCUUAGACAUAACAUCGCCCAAAUAAGAAGUCUUUUAGCUAUUGUUACAAAAUGUUUUUUUUUUAAGUUUGUGGAUUUAUCACAACUCUAUAUACAAAUUUAAUUAUAUUAGUAUAGGUUACACAGAAAUGUGUAGAACUUUAUAUUUUCAGAUGCACUCAUCCAAAAAUUAACAGAAGAUUAUCGAAUUUUGAAUUUCAUUUGAGAGAUUAUUUGAUUCUAAACUCUAUUUUAAAAUAAGAAAUAAAAUUAGGUUAGAAAUGCUCUAAUGGGAUAAAAACAAUCUCUAAUUUUUGUUAUAUUUUUUAACUUCAGAAUGGAAUAUAGAGAUUUAUUCUUUCUUAUUUCAUCUUCACUCUAUAAUCGAAAAAAAAAAAAAUUUACUUCAUAAAUAUAGUAAUAUUCGUUCAUUAUUUUUUUUACUCCAAAAUAGAGUUGAGUAAAAAUUAAUUCCAUUAUGGGGUUACUCCAUUUUUAACAUUUGAAAUGCUCUUAGACGCCACCAUUACUGAAGCACUUACGGUACGAUGCUCGUACCAAGCGUCACGCUCAGGGCAAGUAUUCAUGGUCCGGUUAGUUUACAGAUAAACUCACCGAAAAAUUAAUGUUAUAUGGUUACAAGAUUUUUAAAAAAUACUUUAGACUCGAAGCCUCUCUACUCUCUAGCAAUGCUGGUACUCAGUUCUUUGUUUGAAUGAUAACCCUUCCUUUGCAAUUCAGUUAGUUUUGUACGAGGCUCAGAAAAAAUGGCGUUGCAAGACUAGUCUAAUACUAGUGGUGGUGUGUGUUAAAAGAGAGUCACCUUCCAAACACGAUCCAUUGGUGUGUCCUUAUUGCCAGCUGCAAACAAAAACACAAAAUACUUGGCAAGUAAUAAUCUUCUCUAAGCUACUACCAAAUCCUUUUUCAAGGUUAUAUAUCAAUAUAUGUGGUUUAUCAAGUUAUUGUAUCAAUACAUCUUUCUAUACAUCCAGACCUUUAAAAUGUAACAACACAGGUUUAUAAAUGUAUAGCAGACGAUUAGACGAACUAUAUAUGUUGAUUUCACCAAAAAAUUUAAAGGUAAAAUGCCAGAUGCUGAUCAAGAAAUUUGUUUCCAUGAUUUGCCUUUGUUUCCCUAAGAUGAGUGCUCUCGACUUUUUUUCGGAGCCUUCUGUAGCACAACCGAGGUUCUCCGCACUGCAGGGAUGGAGUGAUAGAAGAUCACUAGUUUCCAGAAACUUUUCAUCUCUUUGAAUAACAACAAACGGAUUACGAGUAGGAGGUGCUAGAUUGGAUUGUUUUGUUGCAUGAAUUCUAAAGAGUUGGCUUUGUUCUUUCGAUGGUCUAUGUAAUUACGGUAUAUUUGUUCAUUGAGUUGAAACUUCGAUUAGUUGUGCCUUUAUUAUGCCUGGUAUACAAUACUAUAAAUGUUCCUUUGCUUUUAUCUUUUUUUCACGACUACUAGUAUUGAUUUUGACAUAGAAUUCAACGGAAUUGAAUUAGUUGAUGCAGCUUCUGACAGAAAAUUGCGUGUCUCCUGCAAGAAGUACAUUGACUAUGUCAUAAUUCAAUGCUCCCUGAGACUCCAUUACGCUGGCCAUAUUGAUGUGGGGAUGACUGCAACAACACUCUACAAGAAAACAGUGUUUACUUAAGCCAUUUACCAAUUACCAUUAACUUAUUUCAAAAAAAAUUUCUAUCUUUUCUUAUGAUAUCUUUCACACGUAACCAUAAUUUGCAUUGGUUGUAACUUGUAACCAUCUCCUUUAUAUGUCGAUAAAAAAACGUAAAUUCACAGCUGGCAAUAUCUAUUUGGUAGCAUAUAUACAAGAGUAGUCCAAGUACAAGGUCGAAUCACUAAACCUACUAUCCAUUGAAAAGAAAAAAAUGGCGACAGAUAAUAAUAAGCACCAGAACAAGAAGCUAACGAUUCCAUUCAAAACAAGAAUCGCUGUCGCCGUUCUCAACACCUUCACCGAUAACGCUCAACGCCCCGACGGCUCCAUCAACCGCCGUUUACUCCGCCUCGUCGAUUUUCGCGCGCCUCCCAACCCCAAGCCUGUAAACUCCGUCUCGACCUCCGACUUCGUCGUGGACCCGUCUCGCGACCUCUGGUUCCGUCUCUUCACCCCGCACGUCUCCGGCGACCGUAUCCCCCUUGUGAUUUUCUUCCACGGCGGAGGCUUCGCUUUCCUCAGCCCCAACGCUUAUGCUUACGACAGCGUGUGCCGGCGUUUCGCUAGGAAGAUACCUGCUUACGUCGUCUCCGUUAACUACCGUCUCGCUCCGGAGCACCGUUACCCUGCUCAGUACGACGACGGUUUCGACGUCGUGAAGUUCCUCGAGGAGAACCGCGGUAAGGUUCUCCCGGCGAACGCCGAUCUCUCGAGGUGCUUCUUCGCCGGAGACAGCGCCGGCGGGAACAUCGCGCACAACGUGGCGAUACGAGUCUGCCGCGAGCGCUGUUUCGCCGCCGUGAAGCUCGUCGGAAUGAUCUCGAUCCAGCCUUUCUUCGGCGGAGAAGAGAGGACGGAGGCGGAGAGGAGCCUCGUCGGAAUGCCUCUGGUUUCGCCGGAGAGGACUGACUGGUGCUGGAGGGCGAUGCUGCCGGAGGGAGCGAACCGGGAUCACGAGGCGGCGAAACCGAGCGUUGUGGACAUAUCGGGUCUGGAUUAUCCGGAUACGAUGGUGGUGGUGGCCGGGUUCGACCCGUUAAAGGAUUGGCAGAGAAGUUACUACGAGUGGUUAAAGUUAUCCGGGAAGAGAGCAAAGCUAGUCGAGUAUCCAAACAUGUUCCAUGCGUUUUAUAUCUUUCCUGAGUUGCCGGAGGCUGGCCAGUUAAUCCAGCAGAUUAAGGAUUUUGUUGAGGACCGCGUGGUUUCAAACUCUGCUUAGUACUACUGUACUACAUGUUGUCCUAAAUCCUUAAAUGAAAUAUUAUUAUGUUAACUGGAUUAAUAAUCUGUUAGUAUUAAUGUGUGCUUUUAAAUCUACGUUGGUGUCAUAAAAACGGAGUGUGAGAUUAGUCUAUUUUCGUUGUUAAAAAAAUUAAAAAAAAAAGAGAGAGAUUAGUGUAUUUCCAUUAUAA